AUGCCGGUGCCACGACCAAAGUAUGCCUGGGCGAGAAAUUACCAGGCCUUGCAUGUCGGGAAGCAGAACCUCCAGGAACAUGGUGUCGCAACGGAUGAGGCGCGUGCCUACAAGAAAUGGCUUGUAGACUUUACGAUACUAGUUCAACAGAUCCGGACUUCCAAAUUCAAGUCCAUCCUUGCCGAUGGCGCCUUUAUCCAAAGCAUAGAUGGCCUGUAUGAGGCGGUCACCGGAGAUGAGCGCACCUCGAGGAUGUCUGCACUGGAGUUACAAGCUGUAACGGACGCUAGCGAUCUCAAACGGAUCCGUGGAGAGCGACAACAACGCGCUGAAGAAGUUCUGGAGAAGACAGACCAGCUAGAAAAGGCUGCACGGCAGAGUCAGACUGAUCUAAAAAAGAUCGAAGACCUUCGACGAGAUCGUGACCACCACCGCGAGACCCUGGCCAAGCUGCGUGCGGAGCUGGACUUGGCGAAAAAGGAUAUGGAGGCUGCGGGUAAACAGCACGAAACGGAUCUUAGGCGGAUAAAGCGGGCCUUUGCCGAGGAUCGUGAUGCAGAUAGAGCAUAUCUGCGGACCAAGGACGACGAAUUCGCUGCUCUGGAGGAGCGUUACGAGGCUGGGCAGGCGAGAAUGGAGUCUGCGUAUGCAGAUCGAGAUAAGAUGGCGGACCUUGUGCAGGAGAAGGAGACGGAGCUUGAAUCUGUCACCAAACUAUCCAUCGUGCAUGCCAACGAGGCCAGAGCGGCCGAGGGCACGCGAGAUCGUGCGCUGAAGCUUGUCCGUGAGACAUGCCAACAAGCUUCUACUGAUUUGGAUAACGUUCGUGCGGCUUGCGAGACUGCUCGCGAGGAGGCUUUGCUGCAGCAGAAGCAGGCUGCACAUGCCGUCUUUGAACCGCAUGUCAAGGCUGCAGAACGACUUCGCAGAGAGAACACCACUCUCACCAUCGAGAAGGCAGAUGUGGUGGCUGAAGUGGCGAAGUUGACGGAUGAGCUAGCGAAGCUGGUGGAGGAGAAGGAUCAGCUGGCGAAGGCGAACGAUGAGCUUGCGAAGGCGAAUGUGGAUUAUGGAGAGGCCUUUGAAGCGUUGAGAGACAAUGAAGCACGCCAUACGGUGGCACUUCAGAAAGCUCGCGACGAGUUAGCGAAGACGCACGCACAGCUCAAUGGUGUAUCACAGCACGAGUUUCAGCUCACUUUGAAAAUGGGCCGACGUGGGCGUGAGGUUCAAGCGGCCAAGCGGUACAUCUCCUCCAUGCAAGGAGAUCUGGAAGCCAAGGAGAGAGAAUAUGAUGUUGUCACAGCGGCACUCGAAAGAUCACGCCAGUCAGUGGCAAGUGCCGGCCAGACAGUUGACGAUCUUCGGCUCCGUAUAGCGCGAUAUCAGAGCACCGACUGCGACCUGCGGCAAUGCAACGAGUCUCAGCGCAAGGACAUCAUCAACAAGACGGCAGAGAUGUCUCUGCUCCAGGUGGCCAACGACGGCUUCCAGGCCGAAGUUGUAGAAGCGAAGAGAACGACUCAAGAACUGCAGGUGUGUCUGUCGCAGGCACAGGAAGUCUCAGAGAGGGAGAUGCAAGCCAAAGCAGGCUUUCAGCGGAUGCACACACUGGAGCAGGAGAGGUGCAGAGGGUUACAGGAGAAGCUUGACAAAGCUGAAGGGACAUGUAAGGAGUUGGAGACUAGUCUGAGUAGCGAGCAGGAGGCGUGUAGAGUCACAAGGAGUAGUCUUGACGAGGCUGAGAAAGGAAAGAUUGGGAUGCAAAAGAAGCUUGACGAGGUCAACCAGCAGUAUAUUGACUUGCAAGCGAGAUUCGCGGGCGAGGAGGCGAAGUGCAGAGACAUAGAGGAGGAGCUUGAUGAGGUCAAGCAGAAGUGUGGCGAUUUGCAAGCGAGGUUCGCGGGCGAGGAGGCGAAGUGCAAAGGCAUGGAGGAGGAGCUCGAUAAGGCUGGAAGGUUCAACGCAGAAGUACAGGAGAAGCUUGAUGAGGUCAAGCAGAAGUGUGGCGAUUUGCAAACGGGACUUGGAGACGAGCAGGAGAAGUGUGGAGGCAUGAAGAAGGAGCUUAAAGAGGCUGAGAGAACGAAGGAUGACAUGCAGAAGAAGCUCGAUGAGGUCAAGCAGAAGUGUAGUGGCUUUGAAAGCAGUCUAGCCGCAGAGGUAGCCAUGCAGAAGGGUCUGCGGGAGAAGUUCGACAUGGCGCAGAGCUCGAACAACAACUUGCAAAGGAGCCAGAGCCAAGCCGAACACAAGAGCAAAGGCUUACAGGAGAACCUUAACCAAGCCACGCAAAGCCACACGCGUCUGCGGAAGCAGUUCGAGGCUGAGAUGCAGAAGAACGUCGACUUGCAGGACGCCCUCGACGCUGCGCAUGAGGGGACUGGAACCUUGCAGCUACAGCUCGAGAAAACGGCGAAGCAUAGCAAGAACCUGCAGAGCACUGUUGAUAGUGCUGUAGCGAAGAACAGUGAUCUCCAGAAGGAUCUCCAGCGGGCUGUGGAGGGGAGGAAUGCGUUGAGCUUGGACGUGGAGAAGAUGAAAGGGCUGCAGCAGCAGCUGGAUGCAGCAACCUCAUCUACAAACCAGUUGAUGCAAACCGUGGAUCAGAAUAAAGGCGCCCUCGCCACCGCGAACAAGCAGCUGAAGGAGCUGACGAUAGAGAACGCGAAUCUCGACCAGUGCCAUGCCGAGUGGGAAGCGCUAUUCGACGGGGAGCUGACCCACAUUCAGCCAUUCGUUAAGCGGAUUCGUCCAGAUGUCGAGCUCACUGUCCGUCCUGAUCUGGAGCUCGUCUUCGCCGACGCGAAUGAGUAUAUGAAUAGGUUGGAGGAUGCGAAGAAGGGGUUGCAGGAGGAAGUGGAGAAGUGGAAGCGGGCGAUGAUGGAUACUCGCUCCGCGAUCAUGAUUCGUGAGAUGGUUGCGCGAGAGGAAUCAUGCAGAGGGGUGGCAAAGGUUGCGACGCAGUGGUUGAGUGAGGGUAGAAUGCUGCGCAAGCAUGCCAGAAGCGGUUCGCAAGACGAGCUUCGAGGGGAGCGCAGACACAAUACGCUGCGUCUGACGGACGAGUAG